AUGCGCGUUGCUGUCAUUGGUGCAGGCCCUGGAGGAUUGACCACACUCAAGACCCUCCUCGAGGCAUCUACUCCUGAUAGACCGAUUGAGGCCGUGUUGUUCGAAGCUGAAGAAGGCAUCGGGGGUACUUUCCAGUAUCGAUCAUACGAGAACGCCGAACUUGUCUCUUCGAAGCAAUUGACGACCUUCUCUGAUCAUCGUUUUCCACUGUCAGCCCCAGACCAUAUAUCGUUGCCGCAAUACGUUGAGUACCUUCGAGCUUACGUAGACCGUUUUGCGCUCAGUUCUCGCAUCAAGCUUAGAUGUCCAGUCACCAGCAUCACACCUAUCGAGAAGUCUGUUGAUACCGAAUGGAAACACCGAGUUAAGUAUGUGGACCUGGAGAAUGACACGGAGCGGUCCUUUGACUGUUCGCAUGUUGCUAUCUGCACAGGUCUCCAUGUGGAGCCAAACGUGCCCUCUAUACCAGGCAUUGAGAACCUGAAGGGAGAAGCUUUACAUUCCUCGCAGUACAAGGGUCGCGCUCAACUUACCGGCCAAGACGUCCUGAUCAUGGGCUGUGGAGAGACCGGCAUGGUUACAGAUGUUGCCUAUGAGGCUAUCAAGGCCGACGCCAAGUCGGUUACCAUGUGCUUUAGGGCUGGCUUUUUGUCCUUUCCAAAGGCUCUUUCCCAAUUCAAAGUCUUUGGCAAGCAAUUCAAAGGUGGACUGCCUAUCGAUGGCCUCAUCACCAACCUCUUCGAGACCGCUUACGUCCACAAUGCGGUUGCUGCAAGCCGUAUGCGUUGGUUUGUAUCUGACUUUGUCAUCAAGCGUGUGUUGUGGUUCCUCACAGGUACCCAAGCCGGCAUGAAUCAGCACGUCGGCGCCCUGCCACACGAUCGCUUGGGCAGAGCGUUUGUGUUCCUGAACAAAAGCAGUAAAGCAAUGCCAUACCUGAACCGGCCGUAUCAGGAGAAACACCCUCUUGGUUUCUUGGGCAACGGCUACGUGGAUCCUCCAGAAGAUGCGCAAUCGAAGAGGUGGGUGGAUACAUGUACAUUCCCUGAGCGUAUAGAUAAGACUGGCAAAGUCAUCUUUCAAAAGACCACAGCGCGAAAGGACUGGAGGCGCAUGAAGGAUGCAGAAGUCAGACCGACCCUCGUGGUCUACUGUACUGGCUACAGGCAAUCCUUCUCAUACCUGCACCCGUCUUACAAGACAGCUUCAGAUGCCACGGUACGCAACAUUAUUGCUCCAGAUGAGCAAAGUGUCGCCUUCAUCGGCUUUGUCCGCCCAGGUGUUGGUGCUAUACCACCCAUUGCUGAACAACAAGCAAUGUGGUGGACUGCACUGAUCACCGGACGCAUGAAGAUGCCCAUUGACCCACCACAUUACCACCUCAUUUCGCCCGAUACUGCUCGUAUCCGGUACGGCGUUGACCACAGCGCAUACAUGAGUACGCUCGCAAAGGACUUCGGUGGUGCGCCUGGUGUUGUCGAGCUGUGGACGACACAUGGGCUGAAGGUGCUGUUGAUCUACUGCUUUGGCGCCAGCUUUGUCACAUUCUACCGACUUAUAGGCCCCUUCAAGAGCAAAGAUGCGCCUGGAAUAGCGAAGACGGAGCUGGCUGAGACGAUCAUGCGCAGGGGUAUACUCGGUAAUCUGUUCUUUGGUGUGAUACCCAUGAUAUUCUAUGGUCUGAUAAACGGUGCUGCUUUGCUUCUCGAAACACUGCACCUCCUGCCACGUGAAAGCCCGGCUAUGUAG